AACUCUCCACAUCAAGGACAACGCUCGUGGCUGCGAUUGUAAGAGGCACAGCAACGACAUGGGCUCAGAACAGAGCAAAGGUGAACUACAAACUACAACUACAGAUCAGACAAACCCAGAUGAAUGCACCUGCCAGAUAUGCGGGUGUUUAUUUUACAAUCCGGUGAGGUUGUCAUGCUGUCACAGCUUCUGCGAGGUCUGCGUUGAGGUCCACUGGGAGUUGGAAUCGACGCAGACAGAAUUAUCCUGCCCACAAGCUAAGUGUGAGCAGAAAUGGGAGAGCAAACCCAAGGUGAGGAAGGAUACGACACUGGAGACUGUGGCGGAAGAAGCGAGGGAGAAGCUCGUGUCUGUGAAACUUUAUGAAAUUCAAUGGGUGGCAAAGAAAGGAGGAGCAACGGAUGAGAGAAACGCAUCCUCACCACAAUCAUCCCCACCCGCACAGGAUGGUGGUGAGGAAUGGUCGAAAGCACACAGCAAACUCGUGGAGGUAUUUCCAGAAUGGAAGAAGAAAAGAAUUGGGGUCUUGAAGAUGCUCGCCGACAUGAUCGUUCAGCUGAAGAAGAGAGCGCGAGACGGCAACAUCUCCAAGGUCGCUGGCUCUUCCGCGAGCAUCGCUGGUGGUGCCAUGGCCAUCGCCGGCAUAGCCCUCAUCCCGGUGACCUUCGGCGCGUCUCUGGGCCUCACCAUCGCCGGCACGGCCACGGGGGUUGCCGGAGGCAUCACGGCCGCGGGGGCGUCGAUCGCCGUGCUGGUGAUGAACAAAGCCUCGACCAAGGAGGCGACAGAAAACAUCGAGAAGGAUAAAAUUGCUGGCGAGAAGCUCGCUGAAGCCGUGCAGUCGAUUUACUUGGCAGUGAGCAAGCUCAACGUUGUCACCAUGGCCACGCUGGUGACCAAAGUCACUUGUGAGAAAAUCGAAACUUAUGUUGAAAUAUCUUUUGAUAAAUGGGCGUGGAGAGGCUUCUUAACCGGAAUUGAUAUGGCCAGGAAUGCGAAACUGGCCGCGGAAGGCGCGAAACUGGCCGCAGUUGACACGACAGUGGCCGGGGCAAGCACUAAAAUGGCCGUGAAAGGCGCGAAACUGGCCGCGGAAGGCGCGACAGUGGCUGCGUUUGGCGCGACAGUGGCCACGAUUAGCGCGAAAGUGGCCACGGAAAGCACGAAAGUGGCCGUGGAAGGCACAAAAGUGGCCGCGGUUGCCACGAAAAUGGCCAUGCAAAGCACAAAAAUGGCCGUGGUUGGCACGAAAGUGGCUGUGGAAGGCGCGAAAGUGGCUGUGGAAGGCGCGAAAGUGGCCGACGACGUCGCUUUGGCGGUGGUGAAGGGUGUGGCGAGCGGCGGCUUGCGGGUAGCCGGGAUCGCAGUGAGCUCCGUGUUCCUCGUAGUCGACGUCGCGAGCCUGAUCUUGGCCGGGGUCGAUCUGCAUAAGGGGAGCCCGUCAAAGAUAGCAGAGCACUGGCAGAAGACGUACGACGACUUGAAGUUGCACCUGAUCCACAUGGCGAAAACCACCGAUUACAUCCAGAGAAAUAGGAAAUAGAUGAUGGGUAUCCACCCCCUCGAUACGUACAGCAAGGUCUCAGAGUACACAAUGGGGGCUCAGCGUACGCGGUUCCCACUCACCCCCCCCCCUUCACAACUUACACUUGUACCUAUGGUAUAGACCAAUCAGUUACAAAGACACUGCCAUCAAUAUAGUCCAGAGCCAUUGGAUUUGGUUUGCCUGGUCACCACAAGUUCCGUGUGGUGGUCAAUGCAGAAACUUUAUUCCUUGCAAAAGGCUUCUGUUUGGUGUUUGAACAUCUAAACACGACCUCCUGCUGUUUCACCACCGCCAGCGAGGGUAGACAGCACCCAUACUUAGCUGUUCACAAUGAGCGGUGCAUUUCGAAUGAUCAUUCAAACGCUACGCCUAACCCCAACAACAUCAAUAAAAAAGGGUACUUCAAAAAAGUGUUAACACUUACAUGGGACGAUAAUUUUUAAUGGAAAACAACAGAUAAUAAUGGACUGUAACAUGAUAACAAAUGUAUUGUUAAUAGCUUCAAAGAUUCUCCCGCUUGUUCGCCAUCGUUGUCAACGCGCGCCUGGAAUCUCCUUCUGGUGGUCUCCAGAGACCGGAGGCGGCACAUUUCUCGUGGUUGUGUUCAACAUUCUCAAAAGUGUGAACAUUUAUUUGAAGCAACCUGUAUAUACGCACCGCCUAUAUCACUGUCCACACUUACAAAACAAGUACAUAUUAAAACUAUUAAAUAAUAAUUAAUUUACAACCAAAAAUAAUAAUUACACACACGUGUACACCCACACACACGUGAACACACACGCACGUGUACACCCACCGCACACACAUGUACACACACACACACUCACGAGUACACACACGUGUGCACACACACACCACGCGUGCACACAAAUACUUUUCUAUUCCUCUGUGUGUGUGUGGUAACUAUUAUGUUGCUUAUACCUUUCAUUUGUGUAACCAUUUAUUGAUUAUUGCUUACUGAUUUAAAUUUUGAGCUGUCGGGUUUCAUGUUGACGUUGCUCGUACUAUUUCUAAUCGCAUUCCUCGAUUGCUUUUAAUUAAUUCUCGUUAUCUGACGGAUUUAAUUCGCUGUAGUAAGUAACAACAAUUAUAAUAAUUGCCAUGCACACGAUGUCGCCCUGAACGUGAUUAUGCAAUUAUAAUUAUCGUAUCCAACGCAGCUUUUAGAUUCAAUUAGUAUGGAUGAAGAUAAACAUAGAACUGAAAUUGUCAAUGUCGAAGGCUCGCUGCUGGCAGGAGGUCACGGGACAGACCCUGCAGGUGCCAUGGGUUGGACUGCUGUGCCAGGCUAGGUGCAGGAGCAGGUCACAGGACAGACCCAGCAAGUGUCAUAUAUUGACCAAAUGAGAUGACUGGCAGAAGCACCACCUAUGCCCCCUACUGCGCCAAGUUGCUGCAAUGUAUUUGUCCGGCGCUCCGCUCGUUCUUGUGAGCGUCGCUCCUCUGCCCUCUGCUGUUACUGGAGGGCGACUGCCUCCAACUGCCCAGUAGUAGCAUCCUUCACGAGCCUCCUCCACAGAGGCCGAUCUUGACACGCUGGUACAAGUCAUCGGCAAGUCCACUCAGCUCCACAUCCUCCUGUACCACAUCACUCCAUCUCUUCUCUAGUCCGUGCCUCGCCCGUUUAGUCCCCUCUAUCCAGCCCAACAGAAACUCUUGGGCAUGCGGUGGCUGAUCAUGCGGGCUACAUGACCAAGCCAACGCAGCCUUGCCUGCCGGAGCUCACUGAUGAAGGGACUUUGUCCACAUCCUUCAACGAUUUGUGAGCUCCUCACACAAUCCAACUUGCAGGUUAAACCCAGGCUAGAUCGUAGGCAGGGCCAGCCUGAAUGUGGCUAACCGGCAAAGAUGUUCCAUUAGGGGAGGGGAGGUCCACGUUUCGCAAGCGCAGAGAAGGGAGGGAAUGAACGUGGCCAAGGAGACCCGGAGCUUUGAUAUGUAGUUAACAUUUGACUACAGUCAAUCAACGUUAGGCCAAUAUUAUGACCUCUAAGCUGACACUCCAUGUGAAAACUUUGCACAUCGCUUAUCGCGAAUACUAAUCAUGGUUUAUUAAUCAAUAAAAGCCUCUGUCCAAUCACCUCGUCCGUUUGACGGCUGCCUGACCUCUUGUUGUGACAUUUGUUGCUUUGUAAACGCACUACGUAGUGUGGAAUUACACAAUUUUCAAUGGGUGCAAUUGUGAAUAACAGCGAUUUAACCACGUAGGCAUUCAAUAAACCUUCAGAGCCAGGGUGAACAUCCGACUCCAACGUAUUUAAUGAAUGAGAAUGAACAUUAAUGAGCUUCGAUGAGUAUCAAUGAGUUUCAACGAGUUUCAUGUUUCUCAACGAAGUAAAACUGAUGUAAAAACAAAACACAAAAUGCAGCAUUCAUUAAUACUCGUGUAAUGAUUGUGGCAUCACUACUGUGUACACACGCACACGUGUGACGUCACUGUGCCGGGAGCGUUACUACCACGUGGGUCUACACACACACAUGACGUCAUCCCGGCUGGAGGCGGGAAUGACGUCAGGGCCGGUGCUGGUCACGUGACCGGAUCCCA